GACUGGUCACAUGAGAAGCGACAGUGCCGGUGUAGGGUACAGGCGUGGGGUCUUGUGAGCUUGUCGGCUGUUUGCAGCCAUGGCUGAACGCACUCCCCUGCUCAACUACAGGUUGUACGUGGCUCCCGAUGCUGGCAGCCUCCGUAGACCGACAGAAUGCCAGCAGACGUCAGCUAAGAAGCUGUCCACUUUCUUCGGGGUGGUGGUACCCACCCUGCUUUCCAUGUUCAGUGUGGUGGUUUUUCUGCGAAUAGGUUUUGUUGUUGGUCAAGCAGGACUGUACCAGACUAUCCUUAUGUUCAUUGUGGCAUAUCUCAUCAUAAGCAUGACUGUGUUAUCAGUGUGUGCUAUCUCCACAAAUGGUGCAUUGGAUGCUGGUGGUGCCUACUAUAUGAUCAGUCGAGCUUUAGGCCCGGAGUUUGGGGGCAGCAUUGGAGUCAUGUUCUUCUUAGCAAAUGUAUGUGGGAGUGCCCUUUACGUCCUGGGUCUUGUUGAAUCUAUUGUUGAUAUUUUUGGUUUGCCACUUGGGCAAACCACAAGAAGUGGCAUUCAAGUUCUUCCUCAAUCGUACUGGUAUGAGCUUCUCUAUGGCACAGUGAUUCUCAUCUUCUGCCUUCUUGUGUGUUUGGUUGGAGCUGAUAUCUAUGCCAAAGCUACCUUCGUAAUUUUCAUCAUUGUUAUAGUGGUGCUCUGCACAAUAUUUAUUAGCUUUUUUGCAGUGUCACCUAGAUCUAUUAAUAUUACAGUGACAUCAGGGAAUAUCACAGAAUUUCGAGAGGGUUUAUUUACUGGAUUUAAUCUGUCAACUCUAAAGAGCAACCUUCCACCUAAGUAUGUAGCAGACUACACAACUGGUACGAUGAUGACUUUUGCUGCUGUAUUUGCUGUUAUGUUCAAUGGAUGCACCGGUAUUAUGGCUGGAUCCAAUAUGUCAGGUGACUUAAAGAAUCCCAGCUAUUCUAUUCCCAGAGGCACAAUAACAGCUGUAAUUUUUACAUACAUUGUGUACAAUAUUUUAUCUCUCAUGGUCAGCUGCACAUGUGAUAGAUUUCUUCUGCAAUAUAAUUAUGGUUUCCUUGAAGACAUUAACGUCUGGGGUCCUUUUGUCAUAAUUGGAGUUUACUCUUCAACUUUAUCAGCCGCCAUGAGCACACUGAUUGGAGCAUCAAGAAUUCUCUAUGCUCUCGCCAAGGACGAUAUAUUCGGUAAACUUCUCAUGCCUGCAAAGAAAACUUCACGUCGUGGAAAUCCCUGGGCAGCCGUUCUGAUAUCAUGGGUGCUAGUGCAGCUUGUGUUGUUUACUGGCAAACUGAAUACUAUUGCUGGGAUAGUGACCAUCAUUUUUCUGUUGGUCUAUGCUGCUGUGGAUCUAGCCUGUCUGGCAUUGGAAUGGGCCUCGGCACCAAAUUUCAGACCAACCUUCCGUUACUUCACGUGGCACACUUGCGUGUUGGGGAUCGUUGGUUGUGGAAUUAUGAUGUUCUUGAUAAGCCCAAUAUAUGCCUCAUCCAGUAUUGCUUUCAUGCUGAUAUUGCUAGUGGUCCUUCACUAUGUAUCACCCUCUAGCAGCUGGGGUUAUAUCAGCCAAGCUAUUAUCUUUCAUCAGGUCAGAAAGUAUCUUCUCAUGCUUGAUGUUCGGAAGGAUCAUGUCAAAUUCUGGCGCCCACAAGUUCUGCUGAUGGUGGCCAACCCUAGAACAAGCACUCAACUCAUAAGUUUUGCAAAUGACCUAAAAAAAAGUGGAUUGUAUGUCCUUGGUCACGUUCAGAAAGGAAAUUUGGAUGAGAUGCCUUCUGAUCCUCUUCAGGCACAGUAUGAUUCCUGGUUAAGCUUGGUUGAUGCGUUGAAUGUAAAAUCAUUUGUCAGCCUUACACUCUCUGAUUCAGUGCGUCAUGGAGUACAACAUCUUUUAUUCAUCUCUGGUCUAGGUGGAAUGAGACCCAAUACUCUUAUCCUUGGUUUCUAUGAUGACUGUGUUCCCGAGGAUGGCUUACAACAAAUUCCAGCAUUUUCAGAUAAUUCUUCUAUCAACAGUGAUGAUAAUUCCAGCCUACUGCCACAUUUCCCUGCAGUCAGACAUCGCUCCUCUCCCAAGGCACUGUCAGGCAAAGAGUAUGUGGGCAUUAUCUCCGAUUCCAUUAAAAUGUUAAAAAAUGUUUGCUUGGCCCGAUACUUCAACCAGCUAAACAAAGCUGAUCUGUUCAACCGCAAGAAUUACGAAGUCUCCAUUGAUGUGUGGCCACUCAAUCCACUACGUCCUGACAGUGCUAAUUAUGUAGAUACUUGCAGUUUGUUUCUGUUACAAAUGGCAUGUAUUCUUAACAUGGUACGUUCCUGGAGGACAGCCAAGCUACGUAUCUUUUUGUGUGUUGAAUCUGGGAACAGUGCUGGAGAGCAUGAGAAAAAAUUAAAACUGCUUUUAGGUCAGCUACGUAUUAAAGGUUCAAUUAAAACCCUGCAUUGGGAUGAUGUUGCUGCAUUACAUUGGCACAAGCAGAUGCCUCAAGAGGGUAAUUUUGUAAAUAAUUUCCCGACUAAUGCAAUGAAAAUCUCAAACGACUAUCUGAUAGCUGUAAAUAAGAUGAUUUUAGAGCAGGACACCCAUCCUGCAAUCCGCUUUCUAUACCUACCACGGCCUCCCGCAGACAUUACUCUACAUGAAAGAUACCUAGAGCAGCUUGAUAUCUUGACCAGGGACCUGGGACCUACUAUGUUAAUUCAUGGAAUUAGUGCAGUCACCAGUAUUGAUCUUUAGAUAUUGCAUUUUAUACUAUUGAUUGUGGUGGUUACGAAGACAGUGGUGCUGCUAGUAAAAGUGCAAGCUUGGAAACUUUCUGAUAUUUUAGAUCAGGGUUUUCUAACCUUUUUUAUGCCAUGGACCAAUACCAUUAAGCAAGGGGUCUGUAGACCACAGUCUGGAACCACUGCUAUAGAUCCAAAUUGCUGAAAAUGAACAAAGGGAUUGAUGUUCAUGCAUCUGGCAUUGCUAUUAGUAGUUCACUUUCUUCCUCUGCAUACAGUGGCAAAGGUGAAAUCCACUGUAUCCAUCAGCACAAUCAGCACUUCUAGAUUUGAAGAAACCUCACAGGAGUUCUUCUAAAAAAAAAAAAAAAUUCUUAAAACGUACAUCAAAUAUGAGUUACUUCUAACAAGUUAUAUUGUGCUUCCAUAAUGUAUCAUGAAAAUAUUAAAACUACUAAAAGUUUUAAUUUCUUCCAUCAGAUAUGAACAACUUAAAUUUUAUUUUAAUCAGAAGAAAUACUUGAUCUUUGCAGCAAUAAUCUAAUAUUUUCAAUUGGAUUAUUGCUAAAUUUACAGAUAUCUUCCUGUAUUCUGAAAUUGUGUUUUUUUUUUCUUCACAAAUUGUAAUUGAAACAUUUCAACAUGAGUAAUGCUAGACGUCGUUGAAAAAUGGUCAAGGACAAAGUAUAUCCUCAAAACAUAUAGUUAAAAUAGUUUGCAGUGAGAAAAGUGGAUCCUAGAGUUAAAGACAAUGCCACUUGGUUUACGUUUUUAACCAUGACAUUUUGAGGGCUUUUUUUAAUAAUCUCUAAACUUUUAGGCAACGUUUUCUUGGUCACUUGAGGUGUAAAUUAUACUCUCUGAUCUGUUGGUUCAGUUUUUCUAGUUCUGUAUCAUCAGAGCAAUAGGUUUAGAAUUAUCACAGCGAAGGUUGAGAUUGCAGUUUAACCAAUAGCAAAAUAAAGCUGUAAAUACCAAUUAGCCUACCUGUUAUACAGUGCUUUUCCAGGAUUUUAGGGAGAAUUGUUUAACAGACCAUACUAAGUUUAAUUGUUAUAAAUGGGCAUGCAAAUUUAUUGUACUUCCUGAUCUUUUUUGAUAAAUCAAGCAAAUAGCGUAAAUUUUUUUGAGAAACACAGCAAUCCUGGAACUGUUCAUCAUUCGAAGUAGCAUCUGUGUGAAGAGAGUAAUGAAGUUGUAGCUAUUGGUUUAUCAUUGUCAAAAGUACUGAGACAAGUGAAAAGCUUGUCUUGCAUUCCAUUCAUACAGAUCAAGUUAACGUUUCCAGUCAAUAGUCUUUCAUCAUAAUUAUGAAAAGUUAGAAAUGGAAUUAGAUACAGUUGCAAAGAAAAUGAAGAGGGGUGGAGAGGACAAAAGACUAAAUGACAUAAGUGGUUGUGUAAGCCAAAGGAUGGCAGUAAAACUGAGUUUUUAAAGGUGUGUCUAGUGAAGGUACCAAAAGGAGGGUGAAAACAAAUGCUGUGUACGUGAGAUACACAGUACUGGAAUGUCUGAGCAUCUGGAAUUGUUGAAUUCAGUAUUUAGUUCAGAUGGUUCAAAAGAUAUGGCAAACAUGAGAAAAUCUGCAGAUGCUGGAAAUCGAGAGCAGCACACACAACAUGCUGGAAAGUGUGUGUGUGUGUGUGUGUUGCUAUUUCUCAAGCUUACAUUGGUCUUUGUUGAGACAGUGAUGAAGACCAAAACACAGAUCUGAGUGCAUGUGGGAUAGAGAAUUAAAACAGGAAGUUCAGGCUUAUCUUUGCAAACUGGAUGGAGGAUUUCUGCAAAGCAGAUAUCUUCUGGUUCCCCAUUACAGAGAAGAGUGGAUGGAAUGCAGUAUAGUAAAUGUAAAAACGUCUUUGGGUUCUGGACGGUAAGAAGUGAGGCGUAAAAGGGCUGGAGUGCAUUGAAGGGGGCAAACAAGUUUUGAGUUGGAGAAUCGUGACGGAGGACAGAUGGGUGUGAGAGGGACAGAAAUGUUUGAGAAGCUUGCUGGUUUGGUAAAGGGAAAGCCAUGGUUGAGGAGAAAGGAGAAGUACUGGUUCUCCUGAGUAUUUCCAGCAUUUUCCACUUUUGUUUUGAUAUAUUGGGAUGUGCCAAAAUGGAGAUGUUAAAAAUAAUUAUUGAGGAUCAAAUAAAAAUACAGGAAGCUGACUUCUUCGGGGGGUGGGGGGGUCACUGUUGUUUCAGUGGCUGCCACAGCAGUCAUGAUGUGGUUACAUCAGAUCAGCCAUGAUCUUAUUAAAUGGCAGAGCAGAGUCAAGUGACCUAUUCCUGCUUCUGAUUUUUAUGUUUGCAUUUGCUGUUCAUAGCUUCUUAAAGGAAAAAAAAUGUAGUUUUGGGCAUAUUGUAGAUUUUUUUUUUGCAUCUUGUAUCAUGAAGUCAUCAGAACAGAUUGAUUAAACUGUAGCCAAUGAAUAAAAGAGCAGAUUUAUGACUAUGUAUAUUUAAUUUUUAUGCUCUAUGCUUACUGCAGGUUCUCUUUCAGUUACAAAAAUACACUUUUUGCUUACAUUUAUCAGUAAUGACUUUGCUUCUUGACUUCUGCACAAUAAACAUGUGUGGUGUAGGUUAAUCUCCAAAAAGCCCUCAGUUGUCCAUCAAUGGAACUAGUGAGCUGAUGAAUGGAGAAAAAUCCCUUUCCCGGCAGGGGAUUCUGUUCUGAAGGCUCAUUAAUUUAAGAUCAUUGCUGAGAUUUAAAAUACGACUUGCUUAUUCAGGAAGAGGUUCAGGCAUGGACUGAUUUUCUAAAGGGAAUAAUUGAGCUCUGGACCAUUGCAUAUUUUAAUUUAAGUGUGGAUAAAUAUUUGAAGCAAAGUGAAUCUACUAGAAAGAGCAGAGCUCUGGGUUUAGUUUUAGAUUACUCUGGCAAAAAAAAGGUGAUACAGACACAGCAUGUCUAUUGAAUUGUAUCUAAUCCUGCUGUGAGUUCUGGUUUAUGAAUUGAGAAAUUACUACCAACUAUAUUUCUGUUACUCUUUUGAUGCAUCCUGUUGUUAUGAGAGCCAUGUUAGUUGACUCUAAGUUUCUAAGGCUUUUAGAACCAAGAACGUGGCUUGUUUAAUCCAAAGUAGAUUGGCUUUGGAUACUCUGAGACUGUAUUCUGUUAAAGGAAUAACUCUCAACAGUUGCUGUGGUUGUUUGUAGUCAGCUAUUGUAACACUAAUUUUUAUGGAAUCUCCCACUGGCAAAUCAUGGAUUCUCUCCAACCCAAAAAAAAGAGCAAAAGGAAAGAAUAUAUUAAUCUAACUUCCAAAAUCUCAUAACUAGGUGUUAAAAUAUAUACAUUUGUAAAAUGAUCUGAAAUAAUAGUCUAGGGAUCACUAUAUACAAAGCUAUAGUAAAACAUCAAAAAUAGUGCAUACUGCACAGUCCUGAAUACGAAUAAUGAUCAAUGCAACAAGCAAUUGUUCUUGUAGAAAAGCUCCAUGGCUGCAGCAAUUUUAAAUAAAUUUCCUAUUGUCUAUUUGGCAUUUUUGAUUUUAUUUUCUGAAUGAGCUGUACUUGGAAAUCAAAGCUGGGGUGUUCUUCAAAUAUUUAAAGUGGCAGUUUUUCUAAAAGUUCAGCUUUACAUGAAUCUAUGAGUUCACACUUAGUUCAAAAUAUAUCUCCUAGGUUAGAAGAAAAUGUAAAUGAAAAUGGUAUAUCUAUUUUAAAUGAUCCUGCAUGCCCUAUGAAGAUAUGGGAUUCUUGCUGAACAAAAAAAUGCAUUUAGUAUUUAUAUUCUAUCCCAUCAUUAUUAAACAGGAGCCCCUUAACACAUUAAUUUUAAUAAGUUACCCGCAAGUGCCUAUCAUUUUGAUGCUAACAUAGAAGACAAUUGAGAAUUAAUGCUAAUGUCACUGUACAAGUUAUUGAUUUUGAUCUUUGCCUCAGGUUAUCUUGUUUAGUUUCAGAGUUGUAUACAUGUUAAUAAUUCAGUUGCUGGGAUAUUAAUACCGGAGCAGAUAUUCUGCAGUGAGCAUGCAGAAAUAUUUUAAUUGACUUUUUGAAGCAUCAUAAUUCAACAUUUUAUUACGAUAUUCUAUGACAGUCUUUCAUACUCAAAAUCAUACCCUUAUUUCAGGAAGAAUUAAAUGAUACCUGAAGACUGGCUGUCAUGUAAAAAUCAAUGCUCGCCAAUCUCAAUAACAAGCGGCUUAAUUUUAAAAAAUUCUACAAGUUUCCUUAAGAAUGUUUAUUUCAUCAUUAAUAUCCAAACAACUGAAUUAUUGAUAGGUGCACACUUCAGAAAAUUAAACAAUACAACCUCAUUUGAUCUAUAAUCUAGAGACCAGACCUUAAGCGCACUGAGUCCUCAUGGAGCAUCAACCACUUAUUUUCAUUAAUUUUAUUUUAAUCCCAUUUUUCAAAUUCUCAUGAGCUCUCCCUAGAUGAUAUCAGUCAACUGGACACUAGGGGAGAUUUAUCAUUGCAAAGUAGCCUACUAUACCACGUCUUUGGGAUGUGGGAGGAGACCAGAACACUUACGAUCACAGAUCACGCAAGCCGGCACAGAAUCGUACCCAAGGUCGGGAUCCUCUGGCACUGUUAGGCAGCGACUCCUCUUGCUGUGCCAUGGUACCACACUCAUCGGUAGCUUUAGUCUUCAGUCAUUAACAGAAUGCAUGAGUUUUUAAUGGCUAAGAAAUUCUAUUCGUACUUUGUAAAACCAUUGACUGGAUUUGUAUUGCAGUCUUUUCUGGCGUGUUAAAGAAAGCGCUCACGCUAAUACAGUAUCUUAAGCAUACAUGAAAAAUUUACAGCAUUGAAGGUAACUUGAACCCUAAUGCAAGAGAUCUGUGGUAUAUUGUAAAUGGUCAGGUAGAAAAGGGUGGCGAAGUGAUGAAUUGUACUUAUAAUGGAAUCUUCUGACACAUAUAGAGAAGUGACUUGAUAAGAAAAGCAUAAAUUUUUGAGUAACUGUCCAGGUUACAGUCUACAUGUUUUAAAUAUUUAUCCUGACACGAUGGGUUUCUCUAAUUGCACAAGUGUAAAAUGGUCAAGUUCCAGUUUAACUCCUAAUUUGUCUCAGUUCAUUUUCAGUCAGGUUGGCUACAGAUAUGCCACUUCUAACUUUGGUACCUCAAGGUUAUGAAAGUGAAAACUGUCAGUCUCUUUUUACAGUUACUCAGUUUUAAUGUCCAGUAUUUACCCACCUUUAACACCGUCAGUGCUACGACUCACGUAUGUUGCUUUUGAUUGAAUUUGACACAAGUUAAUUAUUUAUCUGGAGUUGUAUGAAUGAGAAGAAUCAAACCUCAAAAACGUACACCUUUAUACAUUUUGACUAAUUCUAUGGGGUCGUAUAAGCCCAUGGUGAAUGAUAAUCAAGGUGUGGCUUGGAAGCAAUUGUGAUUAUGACCUCUGAGUAUUAUAUAAGUUCCCAAAUAGAUAUAGCUAUCAUGUUAACCUCAAGCUGGCCAUUUGAAAUAGUUCAAAUAUGUUCCAAUAUUGAAAUAUACACCUUCUCGUUAAUGCAAAUACCUAAUCAGCCAAUCGUGUGGCAGUAACUCUAUGCAUAAAAGCUUGCAGACAUGGUCAAAAGGUUCAGUUGUUUUGACCAAACAUCAGAAUGGGGAAGAAACGUGAUCUAAGAAAAGUGAUUUUGACCAUGGAAUGAUUGUUAGUGCCAGAUGGGGUGGGGAGCGUAGUUUGAGUAUCUCAGAAACUGCUGAUUUCCUAGGAUUUUCAUGCACAACAGUUUCUAAAGUUUACAGAGAACAGUGCAAACAACAAAAAACAUACAGUGAGCAGCAUUCUGCGGGCAAAAAUACCUUGAUGAAACAUACAAUGUUCUUGUUAAGUUUGACUAGCUAGAUUCAGGAAUACUGUUUCUGCUUGCUGGGCUCUUUGGAAACAAGUUGUUAAGUCUUAAAAAAAAAGUCAUGAAGGACUAGUAUGAGAAAAAAUAUCUGCAUCCAGAAGCUGAAGACUCUAAGAAUUUUCUGCUGAAGAGCUGAAUAUUUUCAAGGCAAAGAUUGAUAGAUUGUUUGAUAUUAGGUAUAUAUGGAAUUAGUACAGGAAAAUGGCGCUAAGGUAAAAGAUUAGCUAUGAUGUUAUUGUACGGAUGCAAGGGGCCAAGUAAUUUAUUCCUUUUCUGUUUCUUAUGUUUUUUUUAAUAAAGAAAAAGAGUUCAUGAAAUCUGUAUGUUUGUUGGUUUCUGUUAAGGCGCAGCAUAGGUAUAUUGUGCAUAGUUACCUUCAGGAUAUUAUGAAUUACUUAAAAAGCACUUGUCAGUAAAUUAAACACUUUUUUUUAGUGCUGAGUAGACUGAAAAGUAUCAAACUUAGGAACUUUAGUCUUUCCAGAGCAGGAAGGAGAAAGGAAACAAUAUGGUUGCCUGCUUUGUGUGAGAAAAUAUUUGGCUCCUCCUGACCGCCUAUUUUAAGAACUCAUCAGGUAUAAAUUAAUAUGCAUGAAUCUACUAUUUAUAUUCUGCCCCACUAUGUGCUGUUAAUUCCAAUGAUAAGGUAUCUGAAAUGUAAAUUCUGUUGCUUCCACACCAAUUACAGCACAUGGUGUUCUUUCCUGUGGGUUAAAAGCAUUUGCAGUGAUCCAUUUCCAUUCCUGGUGUACAUCAUCACAACAUGAUUGUCUGGGUAAAUGUCACUUACUGGUACUAAAACAUAAUCUACUUAAUUAAUGCGAUACAGUGGAGGAGUUUUAUAUUUUGUAAAUAUGUACAGGUUUAUUAGUUUUAAGUAGCUAAAUGGAUGUUUCUGGAUUGGAAUACAUUUUAAUCUUUGACACAGUUCCCUCUUGUAUAAAACAGUACUUAAAUAUAUUUCCAGAAUAUUUGAAAAUAUCUCAAAGGAAAAUUGAAUAAUGGUUUCACUGAGCAAUUUCUAUAUGCCAGUGUGAUUUAAUGUUGAAUUUUUAAUACCUUCAUGUCUCAAAGUCAGAGUAUGCUAUAACAAAGUAUUUUCUCCUAGAGACAAAAAUGCAAUGGAGUAAACACAUUAACUAAUUACUUCUAUGCUAAUAUCUCCAUGCACUAAAAUAUAUUUCUACUAAGAGUCAACAGCUUGAUCUCCAUUUGUAUUGCCCUGGCAUGUAUACUGUCGUAGGUAUCAACUGAAUGUAGACAGCUAGAACACAACAUCCACGGUCAACCUCAACCAAUGGCGGGUCUCUUCACUAAGAAUCAAAGAUAAUUUUUUGUGCCUUAUGUAUACUACUAACUGCAAAUAAAUGUGAUGCUGCUGAAGGUGAACAUGCUUUGUGUUUUGG